AAACUAUGUGUCGUAUAGAUAGAUUAUUACGUAUAACAAAACUAAAUUAGGAACAAUUUUGUCCAAAAGGGGUACGCAUAGUAAUUGAGGAGGUGUGUGAAGCAAUUCCCAUUGCAAAAUUCACACUGCAGCAAAAUUCUCAUCCCUCAAGAGUGCUCUGGUACCCUAGGAAUGUUGAUGGCGAACUGGCUCCAUAGCAAUUGAGCAUUUCUCUGUAAAGAAUAGGUAAAAUUUAUCUCUUUAGAUAUCCAAUAAUCUUUCUAAACACAACCUCUCCCUAGUGCAAUUUCACUAUUUCAAAGGAUGCCUCUGAAAAAGAAAAACUGUGGCACGCUGGUGAAAAGUAAUUGUCAUAAAGAUAUCAUCAGCAACCUCCCUGAUAGUCUAAGGGAAACCAUCUUGAUUUUCUUGCCUCUUCAAGAUGCCGUAAGGACGAGUGUGCUCUCAAGUAAGUGGAGGUACACAUGGACUAAAAUUCCACAUCUUGAUUUUGAUAAUAAAAUCUGGCCAGGAUCAAGUGGUGGUGAUCAAUUGGAGCGUCAAAAUAAAUGUGUUAGGCGGAUACUCCAUGUUUUGCUGCAACAUGAAGGUCCUAUAACCUCGCUGUAUCUUUCAAUUCCUGAACUGGAAAUUUUCCCUGAGAUAGACAACUUGAUGGUUCUGUUGUCCAAAAGUGAUGUUGAGGAUCUCACGCUUUUAUUUUGGUCUGGUGACCAUUAUAAACUGCCUUCAACAUUUUUCAAGUGUCAGAGAUUAAAAUCUUUGUACCUUAUGUCCUGUUUGGUUCAUCCACCUUCUGACUUCAUUGGAUUUAGUCAGCUUCUCACCAUUGACAUGUUCAGUGUAGCCAUUGGUUCAGAACAACUUGAAAGCCUCAUUGCUUGUUGCCCACUACUUGAAUACCUGAAGCUAGAAAAUUUCUCGGUAUACGAAGCUCUUGAGAUUCAGGCUCCUAAACUUAAGUACUUUAAAUUCAAUGGUGAAGUGGAAUCCGUUUGUUUCAAGAACACCCCACUACUCGAGGAGAUUGUUAUUGUUAACGAUUCACAUAUUCAAAUAGGGAAAGAAAGUUCUUUUUACGGGGAAUCUAAUCUUAUUGGACUAUUUGGAUCUCUUCCGGCGCUCAGUGUUCUACAUUUCGAUAAUCUCUUCAUUCAGUUUUCAGCUGCAAGUGUAGUCCUAAAAAGAUCUAGUCUAACUGCUUUGCACCUUAACACUCUUAAACUUGAGGGAAUAUGUUUAGAGAAAAUGGGGGAGAUGACAGGUGUACUUUUCAUUGUGAGAAUCUCACCAAACUUGCAAGGCAUCAAAAUUCGACUAUUGAAUCCUACUUGUGCUGCUGACCAAAAAUUUCUUUCUCCCGAGUCACUGAAUGUUGAAGAGUACUUAGACUUGAAAUUAGAUCAGCUGAGGAGGGUAGAGUUGGAAGGUUUUACUGGUACAAGGAACCAAAUGGCGCUUGCAAAGCUUCUUCUAAUCAAAUCUCCCGGGCUCAUGAAAAUGAUAAUUGAACCUAAUGCUCAAUUCUGCGAUGAAACAAAAGGGUUUCUGAUAUUGAAAGAGCUUAUACGAUUGCCACGACCAUCCACAGCUGCAGAGAUCAUCUAUGGAUAGGUAUCAAUACAAUAAUACUUGGAUGAACCCUUGCAGGUAUCGAUAUGACGAGUUCAGAGAAUGUGCUAAUGAAAAAUGAUUGAUAACUUUGUAUAUUAUAGUUAUUUCCCCCAAAGGCAGCUGCAUGUUGUAAUAAUGUAAUAUCCUUGGACUUUCUUUUGAUAUUCUCGAGUUUUGUUUUGCUAAUUUUGGUGAACAACCCAAAUUUAAGUCAAACUUACUGUUCUAGCAGCCUGAUAUGAAGCAGAAUAUGGACUUGGAAGAACAGGGGCAGAAGCCUCUGUGGGUUUACUGAAGGCGGGGACGGGCUUGAGCCCACCUUCGUGGGUUGGUUGCGGGAUGCUAAAUUAAUGUUUAUUCUUUUUAAUUAUCCUGAUUUGUUUCCUAUUAGGAGUUAAUUAGGAUCUCUAUUAUUUGUUUCCUAUUUAAAGUUAAUUAGGAUCUCUAUCAUUCUGUUUUCUAGUUGGAGUUGAUUAGGAUCUUUAUUAUUUUGUUUCCUAGUUGGAGUUGAUUAGGAUUUCUAGGAUUUUGUUUUCUAGUUUAAGAAUUAGUAGAUGGGUAUUUAAACCCCUUGUUAGGAUUCACUCAUGCUUAUCUAGGAAUAAAAGUUGGUUUAGCCUUUUGGCUCUGGG